UACAUACACACACAUACACAAACACACACUGGAGCUCUGACACGCAUAAGCGCGCGCACACACGCACUGGUUAGUGCCGGUGCCAGAGUCUGUCCGCGCGCUCAGCUCAAACCCUCUUAAAGCUGUUUUUGUGCUGGAGAUCAGUGAGAGCUAACGACACACAGCUGUCUGUGCUGAAGACAGAGGAAGAGGAGGGAAGAGAGAGCAGCAGAGGAGGAGGAGGAGGAGGACAAACAAAUCCACAGCAGCCGCGGAUCAACUUCUGUCCCUGGUCGGUGCGCUGCGUUCUUCAGCAGGGAGUGUUUGACCGCUGGACUUUCAGGAGUUUUCCCUCUGUUCUUUUUUUGUGUGCAAGAGGAGGAAGGGGGAUAAAAAAAAAGAGGAGAGGAGAGGUUGGAGUUCACAUGACAUAAUCGGAGUGAAUGGGUUGCCAUGGUGACUCGACCAGGGAGCCUGACCCGUGCGGAGUGAAUGGAGGGAGCGCCUCGGACGCCAAGUGAGCGAUAAACAAACGGAGGGGAGUCACCAGAGACAGAAGAGAGAAGAGAGAGAGAGAGAACAGAGGCAAGAGAAAGGAGUGGUGGAGAACGGAGGAAGCAGAGGUUGAGAAUGGAGGACGGCUUUUCCAGCUACAGCAGCUUGUAUGACACCUCAUCACUGCUUCAGUUCUGCAACGAUGACAGUGCGUCGGCGGCCAGCAGUAUGGAGGUGACCGACCGAAUCGCCUCGCUGGAGCAGAGGGUCCAGAUGCAGGAGGAUGAGAUCCAGCUGCUCAAGUCUGCGUUGGCCGACGUGGUUCGGAGGCUCAACCUGUCUGAGGAGCAGCAGGCCAUGGGCUCACGCAGAGGACCCACCAAAGCCAGGCCAAUGAUCGCCACCCUGCCACUAAGGCCCACAGUCAACAACGGGACCAUCCUACCAAAGAAAGGCAGCGGUACUUUACCAUCCCCAUCUGGAUCUGGAUCCAGGAAGGACACCAGCACACCAGCCAAUAAGAGUUUGUCCUCUCUGUCCACCAGACUUCUCUAUCUGCCACUCAGCACUGUGAGGAGAACCAACUCAAACGAACACGUGGGAACCCUGACGCGGAGGGAUUCAGGUGACUCAAAGAGCAACCGAACUCGGGCUGGAUCGACCGGCAGCAACUCCAGCGGCAAAAGAAGUGACAGCAAACAGAGGGAUCCAGUGUUCAAUGCAGGGAUGCGACGAGUGACCCACUGCAAAGAGGAAGGUUAUGUGAAAAUGUAUUUGAAGGGUCGUCCCAUCACAAUGUACAUGCCCAAAGACCUGGUGGACAACUACUGCCUGGAGGCCAGAGCCGACCUGCCCGGCAACAAACUCAAACUGGACUGGGUAUACGGUUACCGUGGGCGAGACUGCCGCUCCAACCUUUACCUUCUGCCCACUGGAGAGACGGUAUAUUUCAUCGCCUCGGUGGUCGUCCUGUUCAAUGUGGACGAGCAGCUGCAGAGACACUACACUGGACACACCGAUGACAUCAAAUGCCUGGCCGUCCACCCUGAUAAAAUCACCAUAGCAACCGGGCAGGUGGCGGGCACCUCAGCAGAUGGAAAACAGCUCGCUCCUCAUGUUCGCGUUUGGGACUCUGUCAGCCUCAACACUCUCCACAUUCUGGGCUCGGGUUUCUUCGACCGAGCCCUGGUCUGCCUGGCUUUCUCCAAAUCGAAUGGAGGGAACACGCUGUGUGUUGUGGACGACUCCAAUGACCACAUCCUGUCAGUCUGGGACUGGCAGAGGGAGGACAGACUGGCUGAGGUCAAGUGCUCCAACGAGUCAGUGUUUGCUGCAGAUUUUCACCCGACAGACAGCAACAUUGUUGUGACAUGUGGCAAAUCACAUCUCUAUUUCUGGAACCUGGAGAAAGGCAUGUUGGUCAAGAAGCAGGGACUGUUUGAGAAACAAGAAAAGCCCAAGUUUGUGCUGUGUGUUACCUUCGCGGAAAAUGGAGACGCCAUCACAGGAGACUCCAGUGGCAAUAUCCUGGUGUGGGGAAAAGGCACUAAUCGUAUCAGCCAGGUCAUCCAAGGAGCUCAUGAGGGCAGCAUCUUUGCUCUGUGCAUGUUGAGGAAUGGGACACUGGUGUCUGGAGGAAAAGACCGUCGGCUGGUGUCCUGGGACAGCAACUACCAGCAGAUACAGAUGGUGGAGGUGCCUGAGUUGUUUGGACCAAUCCGGACCAUAGCAGAGGGCAGAGGUGAGACUGUGCUCAUCGGGACCACCAAAAAUUUUGUUUUGCAAGGAAGUCUGGAUGGAGAAUUCAUCCCUAUUACACAGGGUCACACUGAUGAGCUGUGGGGUCUCGCUGUCCAUCCCUGGAAGUCUCAGGUCCUCACCUGUGGCUAUGAUCGGCAGGUCUGUCUGUGGGACUCCAGUACCCAUCAGCUCAUCUGGACCAAGAACAUUGAGGAUGCUGCCCAAUCAGCAGGAUUCCACCCCUCAGGAGCUGUGGUUGCCAUAGGAACCCAGACGGGCAGGUGGAUGGUUCUGGACACCGACUCCAAGGAUUUAGUCACAGUACACACAGAUGGAAAUGAACAGCUGUCCACCAUGCGCUACGGCCCAGACGGUAACUUCCUGGCCAUCGGUUCCCACGACAACUACAUCUAUAUCUACGCUGUGUCAGAAAAUGGGAGGAAGUACAGCCGAGUGGGGAAAUGCUCGGGUCACUCUAGUUUCAUCACUCACCUGGACUGGUCUGUGGACUCCCAGUAUCUGGUAUCAAAUUCAGGAGACUAUGAGAUAUUGUACUGGAUCCCAUCCGUGUGUAAACAGGUGGUCAGUGUAGAGACCACCAGAGACAUCGAGUGGUCCACCUACACCUGCACUUUGGGCUUCCAGGUGUUUGGUUUGUGGCCUGACGGCUCAGACGGCACCGACAUCAACGCCGUCUGCAGGUCCAACGAUAAGAGCCUUCUGGCUACAGGAGACGAUUUUGGGAAGGUCCACCUCUUCUCGUAUCCCUGUUCACAGUUCAGGGCUCCCAGCCACAUUUAUGGCGCCCACAGCAGUCACGUGACCAACGUUACCUUCCUGCACGACGACAGUUACCUGGUGUCGACCGGAGGGAAGGACAUGAGCGUGAUGCAGUGGAGGAUAGUCUGAUGAAGGAGACGGAAACAGAUACUGUCAGCUUCGUACGAGCCGCCGGGGCCUGAAACCCAGCUGAAACAAACUGAACUGCACUAAAACUGAACCGAACCAAACCUAAUUAACUCUGACGCUCAAAAUAGUGAAUCUGACUGAACUGAAGUGACAGAAGAGGAACCUGGAUGUCACGGUUUCUCUCCACAUCCCAAAAAAUGAGACGAACUGUCGGAGGUGAAGUGUGCAGUUGCUUGAAAUACAAAAAAAAAAAUCCCUGAAUAUUUCUCCUGUUCUUUAUUCACACUACAUGUUUUACAAAUCUUUCUCUCUCUUUGGCGCGUGCGUACUGUAGCUUACUCACCAAUGAAUCAAACAAAACAAAUGGAACGGAAUCGAAUCCAGCUAAACAGAACCAAAAGCUCUGACUCUUAAAUGCAUUUGUAGAGGUUGGCUUUCACUCUCCUUGCGUUGUGCACACUCCUGCCACAGACGACGGAAA